AUGCAACGGCAGGACUGGAGCACAUAUCUCUCUUCUACAUGGAUGGCUAAGCUCAUACUAGCUAGCAUGCCUUCAUUGGAAUCCGAGAAAAAUAGAUUAAUACAUAAAUCGAAACCUAAACAGAGCCAAGGCUCAGAAUUACGAGCAUUUAUGCAUAUAUUUUACGCAGCUCUCUCGAAAUUUCCAGAGUAUGCGAGAGAAUUCUCAAUAAGCUCCAUCUUUAGAGUCGAAAAAUUCGGCCGGGAACCGUCCCGUGCCAAAUUUUUCCGUACUUUUCAUGGAAGCAGAAUUCCGGAACAGAUUCAACCGGUUAAAAUCCGUGCGGAUCCGGCACUAACCAAACAGAAAAGUAGGGAACUCCAAUUGAACUUCCGUAACAUUCCAACAUACCAUAACCUGACGGAAACUACCAAAACUGAACAAAUCCGAAAUAUUCACUAA